AUGGCCGACGAUUAUCAAUUGCAAUCGAAUGGAAACGGGGAAUUUGUGAAGAAACCGCUGCUGGAGCUUUAUGUAAAGGCUAGUGGAAUCGACAGUCGACGUAUUGGUGCCUGCUUGUUUUGCCAAGAGUUCUGGAUGGAGCUUUACGCCCUGUACGAGAUUGGAGUGGCUCGUGUUGAGGUGAAAACGGUCAACGUGAACUCGGAAGCGUUCAAGAAAAAUUUUCUCGGCGCACAGCCUCCAAUCAUGGUUGAAGAAGAAAAACAAAUGCAAUACACGGAUAAUCGCGAGAUCGAGGGACGCAUCUUCCAUUUGGCCAAAGAGUUUCGUGUACCGCUUUUUGAGAAGGAUCCGGUUGUUGAGAAGUGCAUCGAGAGCCUCUAUAGAAACUUCAAACUCUUCUUGCGUGCCAAGACUGAACUCGACAAGGGUAAACGUGAACCGACCCCAAUCGAAGCAAUGCCCGCACAAAUCAAGACACACCACAAUCGAGUUGUUGAGCAGCUUGCCGGCAUUGAUGAGCUUUUGCAAGAACGCGCUUCGCGAUAUUUGCUCGGCGAGAGCAUGACGGAGUACGACUGCGAGUUGAUGCCACGUCUUCAUCACAUGCGCAUCGUUGGGCAAAGACUUCUUGGCUUCGACAUUCCACACAAUUUGACUUAUUUGUGGAACUACGUUCUUACCGCCUAUCGCACGGCCGCCUUCAUUGAGAGUUGUCCAGCUGAUCAGGACAUAACUUAUUUAUACAAGGAACAGCUGAACUUGUUCACGAAUCAACGCGAGACUCUGCAGGCUCCGACGAAGACGCACACAUUGCCCGAGGAGGUUCUAAACGAUAUUCGUCGUCUCGGUCUUGAUCAGAAAAUAUUGAUCUUAAUUCUAACUAUUCAAAUUGUUUUUGUGAAUCCAUUGACAACAGAGGAUGAAGAAGAAACAGUGGGAAUCGUUUCAUCUGACGAGGAAGAUGAACCAGAAAAGUUACGAUACGAUGACCAAUUGAAAAAAGAACAAAACAUGUAUCACACUGCUGUGACGAAUCUUGAGAAGAUGUUGUUGCAAAGAGGCGGCGUUUAUCGAGUACCGUGGAAAAGUCCCAAAGAACAAGUGAUGAUAAUCUUCUUCCUGCACAAUGUCAAUCACAUAUCCUUCAAUCAAACCGAUCAAACGAUGCUUGUGACUGGGAGGAUUUGCAUGAUGUGGCACGAUCCAAACUACUAUUGGGAUCCAUUGAAAUACGAUGGAGUGACGCAUCUCUCCCUGCACCGGUGGAACGUUUGGAGUCCGAAUCUGGAGGUGUUCAAUGGAGUUGAUGGCCUUGCCGGGAUCUGGGCUUUCACGAAAAGUGGUGUGAAAUUGUUUCUGGAUUCAGCGAACAAUCGAAGCAUCAUCCUCUCAUGUCCAUCUUUCAAUUUCAAAGUCGGUUGUGAGAUUGAUGCGUCGAGUUUCCCACAUGAUUCACACGUUUGCCGUUUUCCGAUCACGGAUUUGAGGAAUAAUGAAAAUAUCGACCUCACCAACACGUUCACCGAGGAGAUCAAGACGAACUUUGUUUAUGCGAUCACCCGAAAAAAUGACACGAAGCCGAAUGUGGCCGAUUUUUACGUGGAGAAGAUUACUUCGAGAAUCGUCUACUUUAAUGAUGAAACAAAUGAAUAUGUGUCGAAAAGGAACAAAUCGACUGAUAUGGUUGUCGCUCUGAAUGAGGUUCACUUCACGAGAUAUGCUCCGUAUUUCUUCCACACACUCGUCUUGCCGUCAAUCGUUUUUGGUCUAAUCUCGGCUUUCGCUCCGUUGAUGCCAUUCCUGCAGGCUUCAACACUUUUAUUGAUGAAUUUCGUGCUUUUGGGUGUCUACAUGAGAGAUUUGAUCGACGAGUUGCCCAUUCAUUUCGACAGUUUACCGAGAAUAAUGAUCUAUUGGCUGCUUCAAUUGUCGAUUUCAUUUCUUCAAUUGGCACGAAUUUUUCUCGCGGAAAGGGCUCGAAUUGAACGUAAAGAAAGGAAUGGAAUCAACUGCCGU